GCACGUCAAGACCUCCACGACCACGACUGGACCGCCGCCGAGCGGCGACGGCCCCUCCCUCCUCCAUUCCCCCGCGUCCCUCUGCCGGAUCCUCCCGUCCCCGCCGCUCUCCGCCCGGGCGCGGACGUUCGAAAGAUUCCUUCCGUGCACCUUGGUAACGAACCCUAUACCUCUCUUGGGCCGAUUGGUUGUUUGUCUGGUCCCCUUAUCCAAACUAUCGGCGCUGGUCCUGUCGCCCCGUUCUCAAUCGAUUCCGAAUUCCUCUUUCUUCCAUUCCAAGAGAGUUUUGCCCCCUCCGCUGAGAUGGCCGACGUGGAUUCCUUCUUUGCGUGCUCGGCGCGCUGCUGAUUCGGUCAGUCUACUCAGUGACCCGUGCUCCGAGUGGAUUAGGUUUUCUUCCUCUCGUUCGUCUCAACGACAGAUUGUGCUAUCGGCACCCAUACGAGCUCUCAGGGCCCUCCUUGACAAGUCCCAGUGUCCUGUGCUAUGUGCUGAAUUCUGGCCGUCUGCAGUGACUAGGUUUCCUCCGGCUAGGUUUAGGGUAGGUUUCCUCCGGUGCUGUGCCAGAGCCAGAAUUGGUAGCCUGGCCGACCGCUGCCUGUUCUGGUGAAGAUGUCCACAAGCAUCUCAGACCCAUUCCUUUUGUGCUCAUGCAUAAAGGCCCUACUGGCUUGUGUGUAUGUUGUGGUCUAUUCAAGUGGUUUGUCCUGUACCAUCCUUGACUGUGACGAUUCAGUUCCAAACCUAGCCAGCUAACCGUUUCGCGCCGGAAAUGCGUUACCUACAACCAUUUUACGCACAACAACCAUGCAUGUAUGAGCUUUCCAUCUAGGUGAUUUAACCGUUGGGACCUGUGUUGUACUCACUCAGAUGGUUGCAUUGUGUAGCACUAUCUUUCAUGUGCUUCCUUGUUCUAAUUUGUGCCAUCGAUGACCAAACCUAGUUUGGUUGUCAUUUGUUGCUUCCAAAUCUAGUUCCUUGUCAUGUUGCCUUGUUGGUUUAGUUACUGGGUUGGAGGGCUCUAGUAAGUAUAACAAAUGUUGCAUCCCCUGUGGCUGCAUUGUGCCGAGUCGUUGGUAUGUGUGAUUCUGCCUUGUUUGAUUAUUCUCUGUGGUGCCUAAGUAAAACAUCAUACAUCAGUUACCAAUGUUUUCAAGUCGUCCGAUUAAUCACGAUUAAUCGUCGAAGUCGGUUUGGACCAAUCACGAUUAAUCGCCCAAGUCGUCCGACUAAUCGUGAUUAAUCGCGAUUAAUCGCCAAAGUCGGUCAGCUAGAACGACCAGCAAGUUGUCCGACUUGAAAAUAUUGCAAGUUACUUUUGAUAUGUUAAAUGGAUUGGUUGAGCUAUUGUAUUUAUAGCUUGGCUGAUAAAAUUCUAAUUGGCUGUAUCUAUUUUUUGGUGAUAUCUUGUCUUGGUUAUUUCUUCCCCAGGCCCACUCAUGUGGGAGCAGGCAGCACUAGUUAACUAAACAAUGAGGCAGCAGACUGGUAAGCGUCCCUCCCAACACAGGGAAUAUGAAAGAGAAGAAAGGAAGGACCAACACAAGAGGCCGUUUCCCCGUGCUCAGGAAAGCUCUAAUAAUGAUGGGCUGGUUCUUUACCGUAUACUCUGUCCAGACAGUUUGAUUGGUAGUGUCAUAGGAAAGCAUGGCAAUGUGAUAAAUGCUAUCAGGCAUCAGACAAGUGCCAAAGUCAAGGUUGUUGACCCGUACCCCGGUGCAGACAAAAGGGUUAUCUUGGUAUAUUGCUACGUCAAGCAUAGAGACCUUGAUGCUGAGGGUGAUGACAAUGAGCCUGUUUGUGCAGCUCAAGAUGCAUUACUUAGGGUGCAUAAUGCAAUUGUUGAUGCACUGCAGACAUUACAUAAGAAUCAUAAAGACUCUGAUAAGAAGAGCACAGAGGAAGCUAACAUUCUUGUGCCAGCUAGUCAGGCAUCAAAUGUUAUAGGAAAAUCUGGUGCUGUCAUCAAGCAUCUUCGGUCAACAUCAAGAGCAUUCAUUAAAGUGAGCCCAAAAGAUCCAAGUGACCCUACACAUUCAUGUGCUAUGAGUUUUGAUAAUUUUGUUCAGAUAACUGGUGGUGCUGAAGCUGUUAAAAAAGCACUGUUUGGAGUAUCAACCAUCAUUUACAAGCACCCAUCAAAAGAGAACAUUCCUCUUGAAACUUCAAUUCCUGAUCCUACUCCAAGCAUUAUAAUCCCUUCAGAACUUCCUGUCUAUCCUGCUAGUAACUUUUACUCGGCCCCAGAUGCUGCUAUACCUUCUGUACAUCCAAGCAUGUCUGUCUUAGGGUCAACACGUCAUGUUCCCGAACUUGCUGUACCUGCCGAUGAUCAUGGUCGGCUGCCUAUUUAUCAAUCUAUUCUUCCAGUUAUUCCUACUUAUAGUGCCCCAAAAUGUUCAGGAGAACUUGAGUUUCGUGUUUUAUGCCCUGGUGGAAAAAUUGGCUUGGUUAUUGGAAGAGGUGGGGCUACCAUAAAGAAUAUAAGGCAAGAGAGUGGUGCAAGGAUAGAUGUUGAUGAUGCAAAGAAUGACAAGGAGGAAAGUAUCAUUACCAUUAUAUCCACUGAGUCCACCGAUGAUGUUAAGUCUGCCGCUGUGGAAGCUGUUUUGCUGCUUCAAGCCAAGAUCAAUGAUUCUGAGGAUGAUAGAAUGAAUCUUCGCCUUCUUGUGCCAAAUAAGGUUAUAGGCUGUCUUAUUGGCAGGGGUGGUUCAAUAGUCAAUGACAUGAGGAAGAAGACUAAGGCAAACAUCCUCAUUUCGAAGGGCGAUAAGCCCCGGAGAGCAUCUUCCAGUGAUGAACUUGUUGAGGUAUCUGGAGAAGCAGACAAGCUGCGUGAUGCUCUUGUUCAGAUAAUUUUAAGACUUAGGGAAGCCGUUCUGAAAGAGAGUGUUGAAAGCCAAAAUUCUGACAGGGAUGGCCAACUAACUGUUGCUGCCUCUGAUUCCUUAUAUGGAAGCAGUCUUCCUUUGCCUGCAUUAUUACCUCACAACCAACAAAUUGCCCCCUUGGGCUAUGAUAGAAGAGGUGAACCUGAGCGAGCUCUGGAAGUAUUCCCUCGUACCAGUUCGUAUGGGUAUAGUUCCAUGCAGGUCACGGAUGAUGGCUAUGGAGGACUUCCAUCCUAUGCAUCAAAGGCAUAUGAAGAACAUGUACCACGUUUGGAAAUGACUGUACCUGCUAGUGGCAUCUCAAAAGUAAUGGGAAAACAUGGCACAAACUUGGACAACAUUAGAAAGAUUUCUGGAGCUCACAUUGAAAUUAUUGAACCAAAAUCCUCUCGUCAUGAGCAUAUUGCUUACAUAUCUGGAACCUCUGAACAGAGGCAUUCGGCUGAGAAUUUGAUCAAAGCUUUCAUAAUGUCUACCUAAGAUUCCUUCUGUGGUCUGAGAACACCAUUUCAUCAAUUUGAUCUCUUUUGACUUCUGCUAUCCAUAGUUUCCCUGGGUUUGUGAACAUCAAACGUAGUGUUUUCUCCCACCUGUCCGAGUUCCCAAUGAAUACUGGGCAUAUCUGAGCAAGGUGUACUCCAGUGGUAGACAAGGCACUCUAUGUUCCUUAGAUCUUCAACUGUUACCUAUUUAUGUUGGCAUACUUAUCAUAAUUCGCGUGUCUUACUCUAAAUUAUCUCAAUGACUGGACCAGUUGCUGCUUACUGAUAUCUCUUUCUAUUGUCCUGCCAAUACUGAGUUGAUUAUUCCUUCACAACUACAGUAGAGGGGCCUGUUUCUCAACCUCAACGUCUGAUUCACUUUCUGCUUAGUGUAGCUCUUAUAAUUUCAUCCCAUCAGACUGCUAUCUGAUUCAUUAGGUUAGUAGUACCAAUGCCCUAUUUGGAAUUUGGAAUGCGAGAAUGAACCUUUCACGAAAGGCUUGUCCAAAACUCCUUGAGAUUCCUGUGUUUCAAACACUCUUUGGAAUUCCCAGUGAAUGCUGUUGGCUGAUUCAUUUGGUGCUUAUUGAGUUUUUGUAUCUCUACUCUGCCUAUGCUGCUAGCUGUGACCUUAGAGAGGAUCUUGUUCCUUGUCAAUCUGACUAGUUCACCCAUUGCUUGCUUCGGUAGUUCGGUUCUUAUAUCUUUGUCAUGUCAUUACCUUACUCUUUCAUCAUCGGUUCCAAAGAGUUGCUUGUUUUUCUGCUAACUCUGCUGAGGAACCAUAAGUUCUUUGUAAACUUGCCUGAAAACCCUAGAGGCCUAGACUUUUAGGAGCAACCAUGUACAUAAGCUUAGUCACGUUCUUGGAUCACAAUAUGCAGAUCAAUUUUUUAGCAUUCUGCAAGUGUUUUGUGAUCAUGAUUGGUGGGCGUCUAGAAAACUAUUCUAACGUUUCAGUUGUCUGAAAAACUAUCUUAUCUUUGUUGUAGCCCUGCCUAUGCUACUACCAGCUUGGAUGGGGCUUCUUCCUGCUCAGUCUGUGACUGGUUCACCCAUUGUGCUUUGUCCUGUCAGUAAUCGUCUAAUUCUUUGGUUAUUGGGUUCCAAAGAGUUUCAUGUUUUUCUGCAGUAAUUAAUUCUACUGUGGAACCAUAUAUUAAUAAGUUCUUUCGGAACCUGGAUUAUAGCCAUACAUUAUUCAGAAGCAUCCAUAUUCCAUAAUCUUAUUCAAGCCCCCCUCCGUAAAAAUCUCUUAAGCCCUCUAUCAAACUAAAUCCACUCCAUCCUUCAUAUGUGCACUUCACAAGAAACUAUGGCACCAUCAAGUGUAAAAAGUUGCAGUGUUAUUAUGCCUGUUAACAAAUUGUAGUAGAGUUUGUUGAUGCGGCAACAGCUCUUCUGGUCGCAUCGCACAGUAGACAAUGAGCAUGGUGUUGAAAUUUUGUAGCACAGUAGAAUGCCAUGUUUUUUUUUCUUUUCGGUGGACAUCCUUUUGGUGCCCAUAACUAAUUGACGCAGUCAUUGGGAAUUAUGAGAUGUGCAUCUGUUGCAGUGGGAUCC